UCCCAGCAGUCGCUACACUGUCUCUUCUUAUCUUCUCUAUCUAUCUGUAUCUCUGUCUCUCUCUCUCUCGGUUGCUGCUCUGUCCAGCUACGCAUGGAGCCAGAAGAAGAGGGAGAAUGGGUGUGGGUUAGGCCACCGACAGAGGCGGACUCAGAGUUUUGGGGCAAUGGCGACAACGAGGACGACGAGCCGUCGCGGCCUCUCAAGCUGGUCUUCACGGAGCCGGCGAAGCAUUGGACCGACGCCGCUCCUAUCGGCAACGGUCGACUCGGCGCCAUGGUUUGGGGCAACGUACCCAAUGAGACUCUCCAGCUCAAUCAUGAUACUCUGUGGACUGGUGUGCCUGGUGAUUACACGAAUCCUGAUGCACCUAGUGUUCUUUCUAAGGUCAGGAAGCUUGUUGAUGAUGGGCAGUAUGCUGAAGCCACCGCAGCUGCUUUUGGAUUGUCAGAUCACCCACCUGAGGCUUAUCAACCUCUUGGAAAUAUCAACCUUGAAUUUGAUGAUUCUCAUUUGACCUAUACUUCUUAUGUGAGAGAACUUGAUUUGUCAACUGCAACUGUUAAGAUCAAGUACAAUUUAGGGGAUGUAGAAUUCACAAGAGAGCAUUUCUCAUCAAAUCCACAUCAGGUGGUUGUGACAAAACUCUCUUCUACCAAAACAGCUUCUAUCUCAUUUAUUGUAUAUUUAGACAGUAAAUUACACCAUCACUCGGUUGCUAAUUCUGCAAACCGUAUAAUCAUGGAAGGUAACUGCCCUCCAAAAAGAAGGCCGCCUAAAGUUGAAUUGUCCAAAAAUUCCGACGGAAUUCAAUUCGCCGCAGUACUUGAUGUUCAGAUAGCUGGUAAUAAUGCUGUGGUGCAAGUUGUGGAAGACAGGAAGCUAAAAAUUGAUGGUGCAGACUGGGCUGUCUUGCUUCUAGCUGCAUCAUCAUCAUUUGAAGGACCAUUCAUAAAUCCAGCGGAUUCUAAGCGAGAUCCAACAUCCGAAUCACUGAACACUGCAAAUUCCAUACAAAAUUUGUCCUUCUCUCAGUUAUUGGCAUAUCAUUUGGAUGAUUACCUGAAUCUUUUUCAUCGGGUUGAAUUGCAGCUGUCCAACGGUUCUGAUAGCAUAAAAAAAAUGAAUCUAAUUCAUAUUAAGCAUAAUACUGCUUGUGAUGAUAAUCUCUAUGCAAGGAGGAAACUGAAAUCAUUGAAACAUGAUUGUUUGAAUGGCAAUGUUCUUGUGUCAACUGCAGAAAGAGUGAAUUCUUUUAAACUUGAUGAGGAUCCUUCUUUGGUAGAACUUUUGUUUCAUUAUGGGCGCUAUUUGCUUAUCUCUAGCUCAAGGCCUGGAACCCAGGUUUCUAAUUUGCAAGGAAUAUGGAACAAAGAUCUUGAACCUCCAUGGGAUGCAGCUCCUCACUUUAAUAUCAAUCUGCAAAUGAACUAUUGGCCAUCUCUUUCUUGCAAUCUUAGUGAAUGCCAACAACCACUGUUUGACUACAUAGCAUCUCUUGCAGUGAAUGGAGCUAAAACAGCAAAAGUUAAUUAUGAGGCUAGUGGUUGGGUUGCACAUCAAGUCUCUGAUGUAUGGGCAAAAACAUCACCUGAUGAAGGUGAUCCGGUUUGGGCGGUUUGGCCAAUGGGUGGGGCCUGGCUUUGCACUCAUCUUUGGAAUCAUUAUACCUUUUCUUUGGAUAAGGCAAAAGAUUUUGAAGACCCAGAAGUUCAUCAUCGGCAUGUUUCACACUUGUUUGGUCUCUUCCCAGGCCAUACAAUCACAGUUGAAAAAACACCGGAUUUAUGUAAAGCUGCUGCCAACACCUUAUACAAAAGAGGGGAUAUUGGACCAGGAUGGUCAACAACAUGGAAGAUGGCUUUGUGGUCUCAUCUUCGCGACAGUUCGCACACUUACUUGUUAAUUAAGCAGCUAAUAAACUUAGUCGACCCUGAUCAUGAGGCUGAUUAUGAAGGUGGCCUAUACAGUAACUUAUUCACUGCUCAUCCUCCAUUUCAGAUAGAUGCUAACUUUGGCUUCUCAGCUGCAAUCGCAGAAAUGCUUGUGCAGAGUACAAUGGAGGAUCUUUACUUACUACCUGCUCUCCCUCGCGAUAAAUGGCCCAGGGGAUUUGUAAGAGGGUUAAAAGCUCGGGGCGGAGUUACAGUAAAUAUUUCCUGGAAGGAAGGGCAGCUUCAUGGAGCCAGAUUGUGGUCAAAGACUCAAAGUUCACUUAAGAGAUUGCAUUACAAUGGAAAAGUUGCUGCCAUCAGCCUUUCCUGUGGAAAAAUCUACAUAUUCAAUCAGCACCUGAAAUGCCUGAAGAUAACUUCUAUGAUUGAAGGAGUAUCACUAUAAUUUUGCCAUUGUUCUUCUUCAGGCCAGGAUUUUUACCCUUUUUAUUCAAUUGCCAGGUUUAUUGUUUUAAGUUUGGCAAAUUUGGAUUCUUCCAUUUCCAUCACCAGCAUAGAUAAGUUUGCAUUUACAAAAUAAAAUUUAAGAUUGAAUCCAACCAUUUUCUUUGUAAACUGUUUGUUUAAUUUCAUUUUUUUCCUUUGGAAUCGAAAGAUUUUCUUGUGAGGUCA